AUGGUUAUUUCAAGCAAGAAAGACUUCUCGUUUCGAACCAAUUUACCCAAUGCAACAUUUGAAUACGUCAAAUAUCCUGACUCAUUUCGUGCCACACUCAUUCAACUGGCUAAUGCAGCUUACAAUGCUUUCCUUUCGGCUCACUCGAAUAUGAAUGAAAUUCAACAGAAUAUGCAACAAGUUCCGGGUCAUGUUAAGACGGCACUCAAACUGUUGGCAACUGCUCCGUUUCCACUGCUCGAGAAGCUCCUGCCUCUCUCAUUAAACAAUGUUGAACGAAUCGGUAUAGAGUGCUCAAAUCUAUCACAUACGACGCAUAACAAAUUUGCCGAUGUUCAAUUGUUAAUCGGUGAGGUGACUGAACUCACUGGUUUUUCUUCGGGUGUCACUGACCAAAAAUUGGCCGAGACGAUUAUUGAAUUGAACAAAACCGAUGCGGCUAAGAAAGCGAUGAAAGAGAAAGAAGCUGUCAUUCAGCGAAAGUACGAUGAACAAGCUGCCAAAGUUCGAGAUGCACAAAACCAAUUUAAUGAAGCUCUCAAGGAAAUUCCGACGGGACUCAAUUCAAUCAUGCACCAAGCUUUGGGCGCCGCUGUCGAUGUUUUCAAGCACUCUCUGGCAGCGACUAUAUGUGUUGGUGGGAUUCGAAAAAAUUGUAUGCCCGGUCCGAUUGGAUCAACAGCCGAGGAAGCCGCUAAUAAUGCCAUUGACAAGGCACAACAGGCACAUCGCGCUCUGCAAGAAGCCGAAACACGUUAUGAUGCCAUUUUCAAUGAACUGCUGAAUCAUCACGAUAAUUUGACACAAGUUAUGGUUCAACUGGCGUCACUCGACAUGACCAAGAUCGACUACGAGCAACUCAUUCCCAUCUUUCAACAAGCUAUCCAAUAUUUGAGUGAAAUUCGAGAGCAUUGGGGCAGGUUGAUUGAAUUCUUCGAUGAAUUACGGAUUCGAGUUCAGAUCACUGUGAAGAAUUCGUUCACAAAAUUUGUCGAUUGGAUGAAGACGGCUCAAGGGAUGGGUGUUGAUUAUCUCACUCAAGAAAUUUGCGCUUUCUACCUCGAUAUGUUGAAAGAUGAUGUCAUCGGAAUCCAUCGUGAAGCUCAUCUUCUUUAUAUCAUCAAAGAUGGUUGUGGUGCAUCGGAUGAAGAACGAAAUCAACUCAAAGAUGAACUAAUGCAAGACACCAAAAUGGUUCAGGCGAAAGUGAGUCGUUUGGCAUUUCAACGUAAGACUGAAUAUAAAGAGGCCAAUAAACAACGUCGACAUGAAAUCGAAACGUUCAUUCAACAAGCAACUAUCGAAGCAAUUGGACAAAAAAGACCGACAUUUGUGAAAUUUAUGAACACUGUUGAUCCUAAAUUUUCGAUAAUGAGUCGACGAACACUUAGUAGAAAAACAAUUCCAACCCUUUAUACUAAAAUGAAUGAUUUAUUAAAACAAUUUUGUUCAACAGCAGAAUAUAUCUCGUUGACACUUGACAUUUGGACCAACAGACGAACGCAUCCAUUUUUGAGCGUCACAGAUAAAUCGUCUAAAAUAGUAACGGAUAAUGCGUCGAAGAAUAUAAAAGCGUUCGAAAAUUUAAUCAUUCCUGGAUUUGAAUCAUAUUUUACCGAUGAUGAUGAAAAUAAAACUGAUAUUGAAUUAUCAGAUGUAAAUGAUAGCGAUUCCGAUGUCAGUGACAGUGAUGAUGACCUUAAUCAAGAUACGGCAAUAUCCAUUGCUAUUUCAACACAAACGAUGUUAAAUACAGUGAAAGAUAGUUUCGACAAUGUUACAUCUAAGAGUGAAUUGAGAUUGCCUUGUUUUGCUCAUGCACUUCAACGUGUUGUCCAAGGUGGUUUAUAG